CCGCAGUUGGUUUGUCCCGCCGGCCACACCUGUGUGGGUUGCUGCGGCUCGUACCAUUUGCCGUACAGGGGAGGAAAGAGGCGGCCGACGAGAAUGCCGAAGUGCCGGAGGAAGGAGAGGCGGUUCGCGCGGGACUGUUCUAGGCUCCGUCCCUGAGCGGCUUUAGGGAGCCGGAUGGUGCCGAGGCGAGCGGCAGCCGCCUCAUGUCCCCACCCAGAGGGGGCACGCAGUGGUUUCUGAAGCUACAGAACAGCACACGCGUGAGCUGGUAGUGGCUUCGUGUGCCUGUGUUGGUGCUGGCGCACAGGUACAGUAACACAGCUGGACAGUGAAACACGUGGAGAAAACUGACCUGACUGACAGGCGAAGAAAAAAGACACAGGAUUUGAACCAAGGAGCUGAAAAUCAACAUAAGGCUGAAACCACAUUAGAACAGCAUUUGGGGAAAUGAGCUGAGACUGUAUCUCAUCUGAACACUGACCAAGCUUGACCUAUUUUGUUCAAGAUUUGAUGAGCUCACCAGUGCAAGCCUGUCUAACUGCAGACCAUAAAUUGUUGUACUGCUCCAUCUGGUCACUCUCUGACAACUCUAUGUUUUGCUUUACUGGGGUGAUAUAAGUCCAGGAGUCCCAUCUUGGAGAAACCUGGUAUACACAAAGGUGAAGCAAAGUUACUGAGUUUGGAGUGAAACUGUCUCCAGAAGGCACUGUCUAUCCCUGGAACCUCUUGACUAAGCCAGAUGAAGCUUGGCUGAGCAUGAAUCAUGCACUGAAUAGAUAUUCGAGGAACAAGAAUACAGUGGAUGGAGAUUGCCACCCCCCCCCAGUCCUGCCAAGUCAGCCUGCAGAAUGGAACAGAGCGGACCUAAGACACACAUAAGGCCUUUUCCAUGUAUUUCUCCAGGUUCUCAGCCAGAAGGGUUUGGAAUAAUGCGAAGGUCCUGUCUAUCGAAGGGACAUGUCAGCGCUGCCUUCCUGGGACUGGAGGACUGAAAAGGAGAAAGGACCAGAAUUAUUUGAGACAGGCCGCUUUUGAUUACUGACACAAUCUGCUGUACCCUGGUGGUGGUGGAUGCACAGGACAGUCUCUGCUGCUUGAUUCUGUGGUAUCACCGCAGUGUCAGGGUCACCAUGAAUGUGACAAGUUUAUUCUCCUUCACCAGCCCAGCAGUGAAGAGGCUGUUGGGAUGGAAGCAGGGGGAUGAAGAAGAGAAAUGGGCAGAGAAAGCUGUUGAUGCUUUGGUGAAAAAACUGAAGAAGAAAAAAGGUGCUAUGGAGGAGCUAGAAAAAGCGUUGAGCUGUCCUGGUCAGCCCAGCAACUGUGUCACGAUCCCUCGUUCCUUGGACGGCAGGCUCCAGGUGUCACACCGGAAAGGGCUACCACACGUAAUUUACUGCAGAGUGUGGCGCUGGCCAGACUUGCAGAGCCAUCACGAACUGAAACCGCUGGAAUGCUGCGAGUUUCCCUUUGGUUCCAAACAGAAGGAGGUUUGCAUCAAUCCCUACCACUACAAGCGGGUAGAGAGUCCUGUCCUUCCUCCGGUGCUGGUCCCCAGGCACAGCGAGUACAACCCUCAGCACAGCCUCUUGGCCCAGUUCCGCAACCUGGGACAGAACGAGCCCCACAUGCCGCACAACGCGACUUUCCCGGACUCUUUUCAGCAACCCAAUAGUCACCCGUUCCCCCACUCCCCCAAGAGCAGCUACCCAAACUCGCCUGGAAGCAGCAGCAGCACCUACCCGCAUUCUCCCGCCAGCUCAGACCCAGGAAGUCCUUUCCAGAUGCCAGCUGAUACACCCCCUCCUGCAUACCUGCCUCCAGAAGAUCCGAUGACACAUGAUACCUCCCAGCCGAUGGAUACCAACAUGAUGGCACCCGCCAUUCCCCCUGACAUACACAGAGGAGAUGUUCAGGCAGUUGCUUACGAAGAGCCAAAGCACUGGUGCUCCAUUGUCUACUAUGAGCUGAACAACCGUGUCGGGGAGGCGUUCCACGCUUCUUCCACCAGCAUCCUGGUGGAUGGCUUCACAGAUCCUUCAAACAACAAGAACAGGUUUUGCCUAGGGCUACUCUCAAACGUGAACCGGAACUCCACCAUUGAGAACACCAGGCGGCAUAUUGGCAAAGGUGUUCAUCUCUAUUACGUUGGUGGGGAAGUGUAUGCGGAAUGUCUUAGCGACAGCAGUAUUUUUGUGCAAAGUCGGAACUGCAACUACCAUCAUGGGUUCCAUCCCACCACAGUCUGCAAAAUCCCCAGUGGCUGCAGUUUGAAGAUUUUCAAUAAUCAAGAGUUUGCUCAGCUUUUGGCUCAGUCAGUGAACCAUGGAUUUGAGACAGUGUAUGAGCUUACUAAGAUGUGUACUCUCCGAAUGAGUUUUGUAAAGGGAUGGGGAGCUGAAUAUCAUCGCCAAGAUGUAACGAGCACUCCAUGCUGGAUAGAGAUACAUCUUCAUGGUCCCCUUCAGUGGCUGGAUAAAGUACUUACUCAGAUGGGCUCUCCUCAUAAUCCUAUUUCUUCAGUGUCUUAAAAGGUCCCAAGCUCCUGCAUUUUGGAAACAAUUGAGCCUUGCAUGUACUUGAAGGACGUAUGAGUCAGACACACACUUUUAUUUUCCCCCUUGAACUGGCAACAGCUGAAUAAGAGCCAUGAAAAUACUUGACUUCUGUGACCAACUGUUGGAUUCAGAAAAAAACAAACGAAACCGCAAAACCCCUUUGACAUACUGUUGAUAUCAAGAAUUUUAGUUUACAUUGUAAUGUACUGUUGCGAAGUUGAUUUGCAGGGCCUGGUGCAACGAGGACAACCGAGCCAAAACCACAACCUGUCAGCCCGACUUCCCGAAGGCUCUUCGUGCCGCUGGCAGGGAGCUCGUUCAGCACUCACUGUUUUCCCCCGUGUCCUGUGCGGCUAAGAGCCGAUGUUGGUGAAGCCUGCUUUCUUCUCAGGCUCUCUUCAGUACGUUUUAAAACCGUUUGUCUGCGUUGAUGGUUGCUGUUCUCUUUAAAAGAAAAAAGAAAACAGUCAUAUGGUUUAAUCUCAAUAACUGUGUAAUAAUCUUUGAAAUCGUGUCCUGACCAUACUGCUGUAAGAAUGUUAGGUAUGUUUUUUGCUAAAUGUAUGUACGGUGUAUUUGAAAGUUUAGAAAUUAGAUUUAGACCAUAAAUGAACUAGGAAUAUUUGAAUGGGGGGAGGUGGGAGUGGGAAGGGAAAAUGACAACUGAAAUGUAGAAUAUAUUGUAAACAUAGCUUGUUAGUUUAAACUGAGGUCUGAGUUUUGCUGUGCAUUUCAUUUUUAUAGUGGCUUCAUCUUGUUAAUUCUGACUAGUUUUGCCUCUUCCUUUUCCCCAAAAACAAUUGUGCAGCUGGUUAAUUCUUUUACCUGUGAAGAGGACAAAAUGAUUAAGUGCUGCAGUUUGAAGGCUGCAGCUCUAUGUAUUUCAAGACAAAAUUGUACAGAGUGCUCUUUAAUGAUUGAACAGUUUUAUACAGUUUAUGUAACAGAAGUAGGCUUUUAAUUUUGUAAGAGAAUCUUGUUUUGCCAAACUAGUAACAGUUGUUUUGAGGACUUCAAAAUCCCUGUGUGGGUCUAUUUCAAACUUUUAGAAAAAAAAUAUAUAUUUUUAUUAUUAUUUUUUUUUUUUUUUUUACUGCUUGGUUUAUUUUCCUCUCUUUGAUCUUUUAUAUUCACGUAAGCUGUAGUACUUUAAGUACCUUUAUUCCAAAACUAGUGGGUCCUCUUUACUGAUUUGAAUAAAACAUGUUGUUACUGCUUACAUUUGAUUAAAA